AUGACGACGUCGAGCUUGCCAUACACAGGCUCUGCGGCUGCGUCCAUCAUGGCGACACCCUCGCGGGCGCCGCUGAAGCGCGUCAGCACGGUGCAGUUUGGGUUGCUCUCACCGGAUGAGAUUCGGGCAGUAUCCGUGGCCCGGAUCGAGUACCCAGAAACGGUGGAGGGCGGCGUGCCAAAGAUCGGUGGUCUGGCGGACCCGCGUCUUGGCACCAACGACCGGGCCGUCAAAUGCGCCACAUGUGCCGGGUCUAUGUCCGACUGCCCUGGGCAUUUUGGCCACAUCGAAUUGGCACGACCGGUCUUCCAUAUCGGCUACAUUGACAAGAUCAAAAAAAUACUAGAAUGCAUCUGCUUUCACUGCGGGCGAUUGCGAGUAGAUCCUGGUGUUGCUGCAAAGGCAGCAGUAGCGCGUUCGAUGCGCGAGUCCCGGGCACGUCUCAGCGCCGUCUGGGCAAUAUCCAAGACGCGUAUGCGUUGCGACGUUACGAUCGAGCAACCGGUGGCCGAGGGCGCAAUAUCAUCAUCUGACGCUGCCAGCUUCCACGAAGGCGAAGAAGAGGAUGGCGAUUGGGUUUCUUACAAAGAGGAGGCAGCCAAGCGGAAAGCACAGUCCAAGGAUGAACGUAAAGGGCAGCCUCUAAUGGUUGGGUGCGGCCAGAUCCAGCCACAAAUCCGUCGAGAUGGGCUGCGAUUAAUGGCCGUCAUUCCCGCUUCAAAGGCUGCAGGGGACGAAGCACUUUCCCGCAGCGUUGUGCCACCUUCACGCGUGCUCGCGCUAUUCCGCAAGAUUCGCGAUGAAGAUUUGAUAACAAUGGGGCUUUCGCCCAUUUUCGCGCGACCCGAAUGGAUGGUGCUCAGCGUGCUAGCUGUGCCGCCUCCACCGGUACGACCGGCAAUCCAAGCCGAUUCAGGUGCCGCCAUCAAAGGCGAAGAUGACUUGACACACAAACUGGCAGACAUUGUCAAAGCGAACGCUGCUUUAGCACGGCACGAGGCUGAAGGGGCUCCUGCACACAUCUUGGCAGAGUUUGAGGCUCUUUUACAGUUCCACUGCGCUACAUUUAUUGAUAACGAAAUUCCAGGGCAACCACAGGCUUUGCAAAAAAGUGGCCGGCCACUUAAAGCCCUACGUGCACGUCUUAAAGGCAAAGAGGGCCGUUUGCGUGGAAAUCUCAUGGGAAAGCGUGUUGAUUUUUCUGCACGUACGGUGAUCUCCCCAGACCCGAACCUAGAACUGGAUGAGGUUGGUGUGCCUCGCUCUAUCGCCAUGACGUUAACUGUGCCAGAACGCGUGACCCCAUGGAACGUAGAGCGGCUGGCGGCGUUGGUGCGAGAAGGACCUCGGGUUCAUCCUGGAGCACGAUACGUUAUCCGCGAGGACGGGACUCGCGUAGAUCUUCGUUUUGCGACCCCAGAGUCGUCAUUAUUGUUGGCACGCAAUGUAGUUGUGGAGCGCCAUUUGUCUGAUGGCGAUAUCGUGCUUUUCAAUCGGCAACCAUCGCUACACAAAAUGUCAAUGAUGGCCCAUCGAGUGCGUGUGAUGCCCUACUCGACAUUCCGGCUAAAUCUUUCCGUGACAACGCCCUACAAUGCAGACUUUGACGGGGAUGAAAUGAACAUGCAUGUUCCGCAAGGCCCCGAAUCGGCUACAGAACUACGCUCACUUGCCGCGGUCACGACACAAAUCAUCUCGCCGCAAGGAUGCAAGCCAGUGAUGGGCAUCGUACAGGAUUCACUAACGGGUAUCCGCAAAAUGACGCGGCGGGAUGUCUUUGUGAGCUGGAGCCAUGUCAUGGGCUGUCUAUGGGCCGCUGCGUCGCCACAAUGGAAUGGCCGGCUGCCGAUGCCGGCCGUGCUCAAACCUGUUGCCCAGUGGACGGGGAAGCAGCUCAUUUCGCAAGUAUUGCCGCCAGGUCUCAACGUUUCUGGGUUUCAUGCUGCGCACAUCGAUGGCGAGCGCGACAAUCUCUCCGACACACAGGUGCUGAUUGAGGAUGGGCAAUUGCUGACAGGAAUUUUGUGCAAGCGUACCGUGGGUACGGCGGCUGGUGGACUGAUCCACGUGCUUGUCAACGAUGGCCAUUGCUGGAGCGGUGGCGAGCCAGCAGCCUGUGCUUUUUUCGGCAGCUUGCAACGCCUAGUGACUCAUUGGCUACUAGAAAACGGGUUCUCCAUCGGCAUCGGAGACACGGUCGCCGAUGCAGCCACCAUGGCUACCAUAACAGAAACGAUUCGCACAGCAAAACGAAAUGUCUCGGCAAUUAUUUCGCGGGCGCAGGCGGGGCGGCUCACGACGCUCCCCGGUAUGACGGGGCGUUCCACGUUCGAGCACGAAAUUUGCAAGGAAUUAAAUAGGGCGCGCGAUCACUCUGGUGCGUCGGCUCAGCGCUUCUUACGCGAACAAAACAACGUCAAACAGAUGGUGGUCGCUGGCUCAAAAGGCACCUUCAUCAAUCUUUCGCAAAUGACUGCGUGUGUGGGGCAACAAACGGUAGAGGGCUCACGCAUUCCGAUGAGCUUUGGCGGUGGCGGCGGCGCCUCGCGCACGCUGCCACAUUUUCUCAAAUCGGACGAUGGGCCUGAAUCGCGCGGCUUUGUGGAAAACUCGUAUUUGCGCGGGCUGACGCCACAAGAGUUCUUCUUUCAUGCGAUGGGAGGACGUGAAGGGCUUAUCGAUACUGCCGUCAAAACUGCCGAGACAGGCUACAUUCAACGGCGGCUUGUAAAAGCGCUAGAGGAUCUUACUGUCGCAUAUGAUGGCACUGUGCGCAACGGUCUCGGGCAAGUUGUCCAAUUCGCAUACGGCGAUGACGGCAUGGAUGCCCAAGCCCUUGAGCGCAUCAACGUUGCUGCUUUAGUAGGUGGUGCACCUACCGGUGGAGUUACCGUUCCCACCCACACGGGUGCGUAUCCAUCCUAUGCGUCAUUAUUGGAGGCAGAGCAGCGGGGCUUGGCAGCAGCAGCACUAGCUUUUCCGCGCACUGGGCUUGUGGAAUUGCAGGCACUACCUGUCAACAUUUCGCGCCUACUUUGGAACGCUCGCAUUCGGUUUCAUUUGGGCACAGGAGGCGCCAAUGUUCAGCCCGUUGACUCGCGCCAUGCUCUGGUUGCUGUUGCAUCUCUUGUGGAUCGUCUCAAGUCCACGGUAAUCCCAGGAGGGGCAAGUUUUCCUUCCUCUUCAAUCAUUACCCCGCAUUUGCUGGUGAUGACGCCUCUUGAGGCGGCAGUGCGUAUGGGACUGUCGCUAGCGCAGAUCACUGCACAUCGAUUAACGCGCGAGGCUUUUGAUUGGGUUGUAGGAGAGGUUGAGGCCCGCGUGCGCAAAGCGCAUGUAGCCCCAGGAGAAAUGGUUGGUGUCAUUGCCGCACAAUCGAUUGGCGAGCCUGCAACACAAAUGACGCUAAACACGUUCCACUUGGCAGGUGUCUCGCAUGGCCAGUUGACACAUGGUGUGCCGCGGCUUAAGGAGCUCAUCAACGCUGCUGUAAAUACACGCACGCCUUCACUGACCAUCCGACCUGCAAUCAAUCGGACUAGUGGGUCUGCAGAAUCUUCUCCCCUAGAGAUCGCUAAAGAAGUCGCCGCAUUGCUCGAAGCAACGCCCCUGCGCGCACUGACAGCGUAUACACAGGUCAUCUAUGACCCGGCUGUGGAGAGCACAGUUGUGGCUGAGGAUUCAGAUCUUGUCGAGGCAUACUUUGCAUUACCCGAUGCUGCCUUACUGGAGGCAUCGCAGCGGGCUUCUCCAUGGAUAUUGCGGUUAGUGCUAGACCGUGCUAGCAUGUUGGAUCACGGCGUCACCAUUGGUGAUAUAGCACGAGCACUCGGGGAUGCCUACGGCCAAGACUUGCUUAUUUUGCAUGCUGACGAGAAUGCAGACCAUCCCGUAGUACGUUGCCGAGUUAUUCGUCCAGAAGCUAUGGAUACUGAUGGAAACACUGACGAUUUACUGGCGGACGAUUCAUGCGCUGAGGAUCUCUUUCUGCGGCGUGUCGAAGCAAAUAUGAUGGAGAGUAUUUGGCUCAAAGGCAUUCCAGGCAUCAACCGUGUAUUUAUUGUGGAGCGAGCUGCGGGGGCCACCGCUGCAACCGUUGAACUGCAGACAGCAGGUGCUGGUGGCCUAGGUGCGCUCUUUGGGCAUGCUCCUGUGCUCGAUGCAAUCGACUGCUCACGCACACUUUCAAAUUCGGUGCCUGAAAUUGCGACGGUACUGGGAAUCGAGGCUGCACGUGCCGCAUUGCUUAAUGAGUUGCGGGAUGUGAUUGAGACCGGCGGCUCAUACGUCAAUGGGCGGCAUCUCUCGCUGUUGGCCGAUAUCAUGACGCGUCGAGGGAUUGUGACGGGUAUCACACGCCACGGUACCAACAGAGACGAUCAUGGCGCACUGAUGCGGUGUUCCUUCGAGGAGACUGUAGAGAUCUUGAUGGAAGCCGGAGCGUCCGGUGAGCUCAAUCCCGUUGGAUCCUCGCUUUCCGAGUCGGUGAUGAUGGGGCAAAUGGCGCCCAUUGGGACUGGAUCAUUUGACCUGCUGCUUGAUGAGGACCGACUUGCAAUGGGCGCUCUUGUACCGGCACUUUCUGCGACAGCAUACUCUAUGGUUGCUGCGCAAGCGACAAACAUGAUGUCCACAGUGUCUGGUUCAGCCACGCCAGGGUCACUUGGCUUUCGCUCGCCAUGGGUGCAGACUGGAGCUGGAUCUUCGCCACAGCCGUACCUGAAAGGAUCGCGCUCGCCUACGUUCCGCUCUUCUGGAGAUGGAUAUCGCACACCGGGUGACAUUGGCUUUUCUCCUUUUUCUACAUCCAGCGGCUUUUCCUCCGGCUCGUCCCCGUCAUGGUGGGGCGGUCGCUCGCCUGCUGCUCUUGUGGGAAGGUUUUCGCCUACCUCGCCAGGAUAUAGCCCGACGUCGCCUGGGUACAGCCCAACGUCUCCGGGGUACAGCCCAACAUCUCCGGGGUACAGCCCAACAUCUCCGGGGUACAGUCCAACUAGUCCUAGUUAUAGCCCAACUAGUCCAAGUUAUAGCCCAACUAGUCCUAGCUACAGCCCUACCAGCCCGAGUUACAGUCCGACUAGCCCUAGCUACAGUCCGACUAGUCCAAGUUACAGUCCAACUAGUCCAAGUUACAGUCCGACUAGUCCAAGUUACAGCCCGACUAGUCCAAGUUACAGCCCGACUAGCCCUAGCUAUUCACCCACUAGUCCUAGCUACAGUCCGACUAGCCCUAGCUAUUCACCCACUAGCCCAAGUUACAGUCCUACUAGUCCUAGCUACAGCCCUACCAGCCCAAGUUACAGUCCUACUAGCCCAAAAUAUUCGCCAUCCUCACCAAGGCCUGGCGCCUUUUCUCAGACAGCCUUCUCACCCAAGUCUCCCGGAUACUCUCCCUCGCUCUCUUCUUCCGGCCAGCGGCACAAGAAGUGA